AUGAUAAAUUUAAUACAGAGCAUUCUUUCUAGCCUAGUGAUAGCAGAAUUUGUUCUAGGCAAUUUUGCCAAUGUCUUCAUAGCCCUGGUGAAUGGCAUUGACUGGGUCAAGAAACAAAAGAUCUCCUGCACAGAUGGAAUUCUCACUGCCAUGGCGGUCUCCAGGAUUGGUUUGCUCUGGGUAAUAGCAUUAAAUUGGUAUGCAAUUGUAUUUAAUGCAGCUUUAUACAGUUCAGAAAUGAGAACUGUUGUUAAUAUUGCCUGGGUAGUAAGCAACCAUUUUAGCCUCUGGCUGGCUACUGGUCUCAGCAUACUUUAUUUGCUCAAGAUAGCCAAUUUCUCCAGUCUGUUUUUUCUUCACUUAAAAUGGAAAGCUGAAAGAGUGGUUGUCAUGAUACUGUUGGGCUCUUUGGUCUUCUUGGUUUCUCAUCUUGCAGUGGUGAGCUUAGACAUAAAAAUGGAGAUGAAUGAAUUUGAAGGAAACAUCACUUGGAUGACCAACUUGAGGGACAUUGCACACCUUUCAAAUAUGACUGUAUUCACAAUUAUACACAUCAUACCAUUUACCAUGGUCCUGGCAGCUUUACUGCUGUUACUCCUUUCCCUGUGGAGACAUCUCAAGAACAUGCAGCUCAGUGGCAAAGGAUCCCAAGAUGCCGGCACCAAGGUCCACGUAAGAGCCAUGCAAACUGCAGUCUCCUUUCUUUUGAUGUUUGUCAUUUACUUCUUGGCUCUAAUCAUCACAGUUUGGAGUUUUGAUAGCCUUCAUAAUGAAGAGGUCUUCCUGUGUGGCCAAUUCUUUGCAAUUCUCUAUCCUUCAAACCAAUCAUUUAUCAUAAUUUGGGGAAACAAGAAGCUAAAUCAGAACUUUGUUUCACUUUUAUGGCAGGUGAGGUGCUGGCCGACAGAAAGGAAACUUGCAACACCACAGGUCAAUAGGAGGGGAAUAAUUUGUAUUCUAGCAGAAACAAAGUGA